AUGUGGGGUAACAAUAAUGACUGUCUCUCACACAGGUCUCAUAGUUCGAUUAGUUCUGACAGGUCGAACCUCCUCUUGGCAAGGACCGAAGUCGCUGCUGAAGCAGCCGUGUUGAGGGCUAGGAUGCGGUACCACGAAGAGGAAACCAGACUUCGAGUGGAGUUGGAGAGGGUACAGAUCCAGCAACAGCUGGAGGCUGCAGAAGCCCGACUUAAGGUGAUAGACGCUGCCAAUUUGGAGAAAGAUGUCGAAGAUGAACCCGCUGGUGAGAGAAUGCAACUGGCACCAAACGGGAAGGAUGAUUUUUUGGACCGGUAUCUGAAUGCCAGGGACACAGCCGCCUUCACAGAAAUACUGGAGGCCGAAGCUACCAACAUGAUGGGUCCGGUGAGUAUGACUGUGCAUGAUAAUUUUCAGAUACUACCACCUGAAACUCAGGUAAAAACUGUGGUGCCUAGUACCCAAGCCCAAACGAGAGAAAAGACCUUGGCUAAUCAAGAAGUUGGGACUACUGUCCCUCCAGACGGAUUAGGUGAGAAGCCACAGGCGCAGAACUCACCCCAUCAAUCACAGAGUCAGCGUCCUCCUUCUGAUGAGAAUGCAACUACCCAGAAUCCAUGGUGUACUUGUAAGUUGCUUAUUUCUUCAAAUAGUUCCCCUCGAGCUCUUGAUGCUAGCCAGCAACUGGUUGCUUGCAUGACCACUCUGGUUGACCAACUGAAUCUGAGUAGGCUGCCACCACCAGAACCCGGAACUUUCAGUGGGGACCCCCUAGCAUUUCCAAGCUGGAAAGGAGCCUUUGAGACCUUGAUAGAAUCUAAGAGAAUUCCAGCCACGGAACGUCUCCACUACAUGAGGAGGUACCUAUCUGGUCCUGCAAGAGAGUGUGUAGAAGGAUUUCUAUACCUAAACACCGAGACAGCAUAUCAUGAUGCCAAGGCCCUACUAGAGAAGCGUUAUGGGGACCCAUUCACAGUUACCAAUGCCUUUAGAAACAAGCUGGAAGCUUGGAAUAAGAUUCCACCGCGGGAUGGAGCAGCUCUUAGAAAAUUUUUCGAUUUUCUAAAACAGUGUCUGACUGCAAUGAAGUCAAUUAACACUUUAGGGGUUCUCAAUGAUGAAAGGGAGAACAAGAAGGUCCUAGCAAAAUUGCCUGACUGGAUGAUCACUAGAUGGGGUCGCACAGUAGCUGAAUGGAGACAGAAUGUAGGUAGGUUCCCCACUUUCAAAGCCUUCUCCAUGUUUGUGGAGAGGGAGGCUGACAUAGCUUGUGAUCCGGUUAUAUCACUGCAGGCAAUCAGAAAUGGCCAAGAGGAUAAGAGAACCAACCAACCAUGCACAUCAAAGGACAAAGGUCGUCCCCAAUCAUCGAAUUCAUUCGCCACUGAAAUGGGCAGCCAGGACUGGAAGCAGCGUAAAUGUCUCCUUUGCAAAGGGAACCAUAGCUUGGACUUCUGCCACUCGUUCCUUUCAAAAACCCUUGAUGACAAGAAGAAGUUCGCAUGGGAGAAGAAGCUUUGUUUUGGGUGCCUCAAACCCGGGCACCGCUCUAAGAACUGCCGUCACCGACUGAAAUGCAAAGAAUGUUCGAAGAUGCAUCCAACUGCUCUACAUGGCGACAAGAGACAACCCAAUCCGGCUUCAGACACUGGUCUUUCACGAGAAAGAAAAGAUGAUGACAUGCCUAAGAAGGCAGAUUGUAAAUGUACAAGCACAGACACAGAGUACAGCGCUAUGAUAGUCCCUGUAUGGAUUGCUCAUAAGGAUGAGCCAUUGAGGGAGCAGUUAGUUUACGCUAUGUUAGAUUCUCAGUCGGAUACCACUUUUAUCCUGGAGAAAACAAGGCGAGAGUUGGGACUAGAGGGCACUGAAACCAAGUUGCUCUUAUCUACCAUGACGGCUGCUGAUCAACUUGUUCCAACCACAAAGGUAAGAGGCUUAGUAGUUCGAGGGAUGGAGUCACACCUCCACAUUAAUCUACCCCCUGUCUUCUCCAGAGACAUUAUGCCAGCAAGUCGUUGUCACAUCCCUACACCUGAGACAGCCCUGAAGUGGCCUCACCUGCAAGACUUGGCAGGUAAGUUACACCCUCUCCAGAAUUGUGAUGUCAGACUAUUGAUAGGUUACAAUUGCUCCCAGGCAUUGUUACCAAGGGAAGUGGUAAGUAGCCCUGAUGGUGAGAAGCCAUUUGCACAACGUACAGAUUUAGGUUGGAGCAUUAUAGGGCCAGGACAAAUCAAUGAAGAUUUGAGUGACAACAUGGGCACAAGCCAUAGAGUGGUCACCUGCGAGGUCCCCCAGUCACUUAAACUAAAAACAGGUCGGGCGAGGGAUCAAGUUGCAAUAAGUCUUCCGAUGUCCACAAAAGAAGUGUUCACCCCCUCAUCCGUGACCAGAAUGAUGGAGUUGGAUUUUUCAGAGAUCCGUACAAGUCAAGACGGAGACAUUGAUUUCCUCUCACAAGAUGACAGACAGUUCAUGAAUAUACUGCGUGAAGGCGUAGUCAUGGGCAAAGAUGGGCACUAUGAGAUGCCUCUUCCAUUCAAGGGAAUGGAGCCGAUUCUGCCUGACAACAAGCCAAUGGCUCUAAAGCGUUUGAACCACUUGAAGUCUCGUUUUAAGCGAGAUCACAACUACUGGAUUCAGUACAAGGAUUACAUGAGCAAUGUAAUUAAAAAUGAAGUUGCAGAGAUGGUACCAGAUGAAGAAAUCGACGAGAAGGGGAAGGAGUGGUAUAUACCUCACUUUGGGGUUUAUCACCCGAAGAAACCUAAAAAGAUCAGGGUAGUCUAUGACUGCAGCGCCAAGUAUGAUGGGACCUCUCUAAACUCACACCUGUUAAAUGGACCAGAUUUAACCAACACAUUAGUUGGAGUGCUCUGCCGAUUUCGCCAAGAAUCAAUAGCCUUCAUGUGCGACAUUGAGGCAAUGUUUCAUCAAUUCCAUGUCGCUCCACAGCACAGGAACUAUCUUCGAUUCCUCUGGUGGGAAGAUGGCAAUUUCGAUACGGAACCAAAGAUCUACCGAAUGAAGGUUCAUCUGUUUGGGGCAGCAUCGUCACCCGGAUGCGCCAAUCUUGGGCUCAAGCAAGCCGCCAUGGAUAAUAAGCACGAGUUUGGUACUGAAGCAGCAGAUUUCAUCUGCCAUGGAUUUUAUGUAGAUGAUGGUCUUAAGUCGGUACCAACUAUACAAGAGGCUCUGCAGCUGAUCAAGGGCAGUAAGGGAAUAUGCGCGAAAGGUGGCCUUAGACUACACAAGUUUCUGUCCAACUCGAAGAAAGUUAUUGCCAGCAUCCCUGUCGAAGAUCAAGCAACCGGCAUAAAAGUUCUCAACCUGAGUCAUGAUGUUUUACCUAUUGAAAGAGCCCUGGGUGUACACUGGUGCAUCGAAUCAGACACCUUCAUGUUUCGGAUCACUCUCAAGGACAAACCCUUGACACGACGAGGAGUUCUUUCCACGGUUAGUUCGAUUUAUGAUCCGCUUGGGUUCGUUGCCCCACUGGUCUUAGUUGGAAAAACAAUUCUGCAAGAGAUGUGCAAGAAUCAGCCAGACUGGGAUGAUCCCUUGCCAGAUGAUCUCAAGGGCCGAUGGGAGCAGUGGCGAUCUAGUCUACCCCUUCCCACAAGUGCACCAUUUUUCAGAUGCCAGCACUACAGGGUAUGGGCAGUGUUCAUACAUUCGCCACGUAAAUCAAGCUGGGAAAGUUCAUUGCGCCUUUCUGAUGGGUAA